AGAGGGUGUGAGCGCUGCGUAUUACCACAGAGGCAAUCUGCGCAGCUCAACUUUAAAGGCUGUGGAUCUCCAGCGCGACGCAUUCUCUGAACAGGAGCAAAAGCCGCAUUUUGAGAUAAAAAUAAUAAUGACAUCUAUAAACGCCUGAACUUCUGCACCUACAUGUUUUCCCGACAUUAAAACCUGCAAGCUUAAAUAUUUUAAGACGCGUAAGGCUCUGUAGCAACCAGCGAAGAGAGCGCACCAGGAACGCACCAUGCACUGUCAAGCCGAGCUGAGGCUCUCUUCCCCUGGGCAGCUGAAGGCGGCCAGGAGGCGCUACAAAACUUUUAUGAUAGACGAGAUCCUCUCCAGGGAAACUUGUGAUUACUUUGAAAAACUGUCUCUGUACUCCAUGUGUCCUUCUCUCAUCGUCCGACCAAAACCUCUUCAUUCAUGUUCAGGCUCCUCGCCGCUGCGUGGCUACCCACUUCUUUCAGUGAUCACGCGGCAGCCCCCUAAUGUGCAGCCCCAUCUGCCGCAGCCGUCAUCCCCGGGCGCGGCCUCCUCCCACCUUCCCCUCAUCUCCCCGCAGCUCCCAAGAGGCUCCGAACCCCCGCCCAGCCAGACGCCCCUCAGCAUCAGCAGUGAGUCAGAGACAGAAAGCAGCACGCCCCGCCUGAAGAAGCCCCGCCGCAGCCGCACCAUCUUCACCGAGCUGCAGUUGAUGGGGCUGGAGAAGAAGUUCCAAAAGCAGAAAUACCUGUCCACACCCGAUAGAUUGGAUCUUGCUCAGUCUCUAGGUCUGACGCAGCUUCAGGUGAAGACGUGGUACCAAAACAGGCGUAUGAAAUGGAAAAAAAUGGUGCUUAAAGGAGGUCAAGAGGCCCCAACCAAGCCCAAGGGAAGACCAAAGAAAAACUCCAUUCCUACCACAGAGGAAAUAGAGGCUGAAGAGCGAAGACUGAAGAUGGAGGAAGAGGAGCAGAUGAGGAGGGGGUUUGAUGAACAUCAGGAUCUGAGUUCAGAAACUACAAAUCCGAGCGGAGCAAUCGAGGGAUCUGAUUCUGAGCAAGACCAGAAGCCACUCCUAAUGUAUGAAACUCACUUAGCCAGCUAAGCAAGAGCAAACCAACCAAGGACUAAUGCCAGCCUGAAAACAAAUAGUGCCUCAGGAUCAGUGUACAAAGCUUGUUUGGUGUAUAGAGUCGUUUGCUUUAACAGGAUGACUGGAUGCAGUGCAGUGGCGCCCAGUCCGUACCAAGUGCACCCUUAUAUGUUUUAUUGUACUGGAAAAAGUAUUAUAGAAAAACAUUAUGCUAUUACGCAAUGAUUACACUGGUAAUCCUAUGGGCUUUUGGUCCAUACUAUAAAGGAGGGUCACUGUCAAACCCAAAACAGGUCAGUUGAGCCUUCAUCAGAACAUGGUGACACAUAUUGCAUGCUCAACCAGCUUGCAGAGACCUCUCAGCUCUCAAAGCUGUCAAAUAUCCAACGCUGCCUUAUAGUGGUAAAUAAGUGUCUUUGUAUGAAUAACCAACUGCCAAAUACUGUUAAUAUGUGCCUUUUUAGUCUCAGAGAAGAGCUUUUAUUUGUGGGUAAAAUAACCUUCAAAAGGCGGUAUAUUUUUUACAAUCAAGUGCCAAAUUUGGAGACAGAUUUUUACAGAUAAGCAAAUGAAACCUAAAUGUGUAGGUUUAAAUUAUAAUGUACAGCUUUGAGUCUCAAAUGUCUAUUAAUUGGGUCAGGUUUUUAUAUAUAUUUUAUUUUAAAGCUAAAAACUGUCAAUUUUAGAUACAUAUAUAUAUAUAUGUGUGUGUGUGUGUGUGUGUGUGUGUGUGUAUAUACUUAGAAUAUGUGUACAUGAGUGUAAGUAUUAAAUAUUUUUUUUGCUGUUUUGGAUUGAAUUAAGAUACUUAUUAUUCAUAAAUGUUUCAAGCAGCCCAUCCACUGUGUUUCUUCUUUCAGUCAGGAUGAUUUUCAGUUACGAGGGCACUAAGACUCUUAAGCUGUCAUGAUUCAUUGACGGAAUAAAUCACAGCCUGAGCCAUAAAUACACAGCAAAUGUUGAACAUUUAAAAUCUCAGAGACAUUUUCAGCCUGCAGGCUUUGCAUGACUACCCCAAUUGGUAUGUUAGACCUGCAUUAACAUAACACUGUCUUCAGAUUCCCCUUAGUGACUUCUCUGUUCCAUCAAUCUCUCUAAUGUUGAAUACUCACCACUUUAAGGAAUCACUGUUUGGAUUAUAGGAGUUUAUUUUUAUGUCUUUGUUCAUAUGAAAACUGCAGUAUUUUCCUGAUGUAAAUUAUGCUUGUCUGGUAAAACGUGUUAUUGACUUUCUUUUUUUUUAGAUCUUCAUAAAAUUACAUUUUGGUAUAUGCAAUUGUGUGUUUAUGUAUUUAAAUACACUUAAUAAAAGAGCUGUCAUUUAAACUGUG